AAAAAAUUGAUAAUGGGUCCGGCCUGACCCGGUGGCCCGGUCAGUGACCGGUCCGGGUAGGCCCGACCCGUGGGUUUUCCGGUCCGAGCUUGAGUCACCCAAAACAAGGCCUGACCCGGCCGGGCCAAAACUAUUUUUCUUUUCUUUCAAUUUUUUUUAAAUUUUCGGGUUGGGCUGGGUAUUUUGGGCCAUUUGGGGUGGUUUGGGGGGUUGGGGGUGGGAGGGGGGUUAAUUAGGAAGAGGGAAAAAAAUUGAUAAUGGGUCCGGCCCGGACCCGGACCGGACCCGGUGGUUACCCGGGCCAGUCCCAGGUCCACCACUCCUGAACCGCCGGCCAGCCCGGGCCUAGGCCCGACCCGACCCGGACCUGAGUCCAUCCCUAAUUCUGUUAGCCAACGCAAGCGUACAAACGUGUUAAUUUGAAGGGUAACACUAAAAACCCGAAUUUAUGUACUUAAAAUUGUCAUAUGCAAUAGUGCAUUUUUCACUCCAUCUAAUACUACGUAUAAGUUGAUGUACUUAAUGGUGUCAGUUCCAAAUAGGGUUGUGGUAUCAAGUUGUUUCAAAUUUUACUUCAAACACGACUAAAACUUAGACAAAUAGGACUAACCUACUAACCAUGUUUUAUUUUCUAGAUAUGACUUAUUUGAUUAUAUUAAUGAAAUGGGACAAAUAAGUCCUCAGACUAUCAACGAUUCUACAAAUAGAUUCUUGAAUCGAAAGGCUUGGGCAUAGCUCACUUGGUAGGAAGAGGGAGGUACAAGGGAGAUGUUUUGAGUUUAACUUCAAAAAAACACUUGAGAUAGAACCUCACUCUCUUUUCAUCCGUGAUCAAAGACCGUACACAAUUCAAUUGAUUAAAAUAAUUGUCCCGCAAAUUAUACCAUGGGAUCGGCCCACCUUCCGCAUGAUGUGCUGAUCCCACAUUUUCAAAGUUACGUUGCUUUCUUUCCUUCCCUGGAGUUUCUUCCUUCCCUUUUCUUUUGCUAUUCUUUCUUUAUUUUUCUUUUCUUCAUUUUAAUUGCAGUUUUACUUUUCCUUAUCUUCAAUUUAAAUUAUAAUUGAAUCUAUUUUUUUUAUUCUUUAUCAAUACAUAACAAAAAGUUUAAUAAUCUAAAUAAAAUAAGUACAUUGCAUUUCAUAUUCAUACACUACUUUUUGUAAUAUCUUUUUUAUAUUCAUACACUUUUGUAAUAUAUUUUUAUAUGCAUAAACUUUUUCUAUAAUAUAUUUUUUAUGAGUUUUAUGUGUUUUUAGAGGUUUUUAAGACAUUGAGUUUGUUUAUUUUGAUUCUAGCUUGGAGUUACAUUUGAUAAUAUACGAAGUUACAUCAUCUUAUGCUCGAGUUACAUGUUAUUAUGUGAUGCGAGUUUUCUCGCACUUAAAAUAGAUCGUAAUAUAGUGAUGUAAGUACGAGUAUCGUCUCCACAGGGACAGACAAAAGGGAAAUAAGAAUUAACUAAAUUCAGCGAUUAAAACGAAAAUAAGAUAAAAGAUUUGUGCGAAAUUGAUUGGUUGAAAAUUAACUAAUGCUAAUGAGCGAAUAAAAAUAGAUUGGUUUCUCUCUUAGUUUAAUUGAGCCUAGCUAAUCAUUACUAAGUUCUGGCACAUCAGGCGUAAAGUACAAUAAUUUAGGGGACCAGGCUGAGCUCUCAUGCGACAUGAUCCUAAAUUAUUGCCAAGACGAGCGAGCUUACGGCCCCUUAAUCGCUACUAAUAUCUUAGCGAAUGAUUAAGUGUGUGUGAAUGUGUCCUAGAAUAAAUUAGAUCUCUCUUAACUUAUUCUACAAACAAUUGUAAUUUUAGUGGUCAUCUAGGUUACAAGAGAUAUGAGUUAAAUUAUUCAAACACAAAUUAAACGGCAUUCAUGCAACUAAAAAUCAAGAAACUAGCCAUACAUCAUGAUUAACCCCUUCAUCAAUCCCAAAUCCCUAAUUAAAACUACUCCCAACUCAUAAUUGAAGAAUCAACAGAAUUAGGAUUAAUAGAAAUAAUUGUUAUUAAUUAAAAAGAUGAACUUACAAAUAAUCCCAGGGUUCUUGAAGAAAACAACGUAAAUACGCAGGUAAAUCCGUCCCUAGGCUUCUCCGUAAUGCUCGUAACCCCCUCAAACGGGAUAUGGAGGCGUUAUUUAUAGAAUACAAAAAUUCGGGUUGAAUCAGGACUGAAACGGGGCACGCACGGCGUGCGUGGCGUCCAACAGACCCGCGCGUCAAAAUGUCCCACGCACGUGUGCGUCCCCCCACGCAUGGCCGUGCGUGGCUGCCAGUGAGCUUUCCGUCUUCUCGCCUCGGGCGCACGGCGUGCGUACCCGGACACACGACCGUGCGUCCGUCUUUAAGAUUCUUGGCCGCUACUGCCACGCACGCACGCGUGCGUCCCUGUACGCACGGCCGUGCGUGGCCCUUUUUCUUCCGAUUUCUUCGUUUUCUUCCCCUUCAAUCCCUGUUGGCUCCGCGAUCAAUCCAUAAGCUCUUUCUUCAUCUAAUCUUCACCGUGAACCUCCCGAGGGCCUUCGAAACUCUGAAUUCACUCUCGAAUGCUUCUUAACUCGUCCCGAUCACUUCUCAAGCGCGGAUACCGGGCACUAAAAGACCUGAUUUCAACUCUAAAAAUACUAAAACUCGAUCCAUCACCCAGCUAACGUGAUUUGAGCUAAAACUGAAAGACUUACAACCCUUAAAGCUAGGGAAAACCGGCAAAAGCCGAUCCCAACACGCAUCAAAUGCGUGCUGAAAUACGAACUUAUCAUUAUGCGUGAGUUACAUCUUGUUAUGUGUGAGUUACAUAUUCUUAUGCGUGAGUUACAUACUUUUAUGCGCGAGUUACAUCUAAUUAUGUGUGAGUUACAUCUAGUUAUUUGUGAUAUUUUCAUUAUCUUUAUCUUUAACUAGUUAAAUUACAACUGAAUUAAUUUUUUUCUUUACCAAUUUAAUACAAAAUUUUAUUAAACCACAUAAAUAAGUAUAUUGUAUUUUAUAAUCACAAAAUAAAACCCUUUUAUUGAAUAUUUUUUUUUUAAAUCGAUUUUCUUUUGCAAAAAAAAAAAUGUUUUUUUGGGGAAAAAUGAUUUCUUUAAAACAUUUUGUGUUCUUAAUAUUAAAAACAAUACAUAUUCACUAUUUUGGCAAAAUAAAUAAGAAAUUAGACUCCUUUUUCAUUAUUUACAUUGAAAUCAAUGUUUUAUUUCUUAUACUAUGUAUGUAUUUAACAAGUUACAUUUCGACUGAAAUUGAGUUACAUUGAUCGAUAACGUAAGUUACAUAUCUUUACACGCGAAUUACAUCAUUCAUUCUACUGGGACAAAAAUAAAAAACAGUUACUGUACACGCGUGUACUGUUCACGCGUGUACUGUUCACACAUUUUUUUUUAAAAAGUUGUGCAAAACUACAUGAUUUUGGGAGCGGAGCAUGGUGCUCACUGUGGGAUGAUCCCACGGUAUACGAACUAUAAUUUUCCGGUUGGUUAUGAGAAACCCUCAAGGAUGUGGUGUCAUACUUUUUUUGCAUUGAAAAACCUUACAAUUACACCAUUCAAUUUAUUGAAAUAUAGCAAAUGAACCCUUUUAAUCUACCGGUGUCGGUAAGAUGGUAACUUUCUUAUUAAAAGUUACUGGCACUUGUACUGUUGUACAUAAUAAGGGGUUAAUUGUUUUGUUUCAAUACGGAGUAUUUAUUAGGUCUUUUGGUUAAGGUGUGUGAUUGCAAAAUUGUUAAUGAUAGAGUAUAUCUAGAGAGAAGUGAGAGCUAGAGAGAGAAGUGCAAUAAUAUGCUUCGAUAGAAUGAAUUUGUCACCCUAUAACUACUCCCAAAGGGAGUAUUUAUAGAGAAAAUUAGGACUGGGCUCCCAAGCCUUAGGCUUGGGAGGCCCAUUUACAACUGGACCGCUACUGGGCCGAAUACAAAGCCACUAACGGGCUGUACAAAUGAAUAAGUGCAAAAUCCGGUUCUGGGAGGUCCUCGUGGCCGACGAGGGCUGCGCCGACGAGGGCACGGCCGACGAGGGCACGGCCGACGAGGGCACCCGGGUUCCUUGGGCUCAGGACCAUAAUCUGAGUUGGCCCCUUUUCGGCCGACGGGGGCGUCUUGGCCGACGAGGGCGCCACUCUGUGUCUUGUGCUUUCUGUUCUUCCGAGUAUGUGGGUCCGGGGGCUCAGACCCAUAUACUCCAUCAGGAGUCCCCCACUCUCUAAGCUGAGACGUAGACGAAGUGAAGGAGAGUAGAUUCCCGUGUUUUAGUGCUUUUGGCCGAUGUGGGCAUCCCCGGGCUGUUAGCCGUUGCGGCGUUGGCGUUGUUUCCUUUUUGGUGAUCCUGUUCUGCGCUUUGGCCGUUACCCGUUCCUCAGUGUGGACGGGGAGGCCGUUGUUUCCUUAAAGUGUUCGUUUGGGGGUGAUGAGUGUCUUUCUUUCAAUGGUGGCCGUUGAAGGCACAUUUUGCUUGGGCGCUGAUGGUUGAAGUUUACCUUUGGGCCGAUGAGGCCGUUGAGGUUGCUCCCUUUGAGGACGACGGCGUCCUUUCCUUUGGGUGGCCGAUGAGGGUGCUCGCGCACUCCUUUUGGCCGUUGUUGAUGAUGCUAUGUGCUUCUAGCCGACGAGGUGCCAUUGUGAUGCGUGGACGAUAUGGCCAUGCUUUGUGGUUACAUCCAUGUUCUUUGUAUUGUUCCUUUUUGUUUUGUUGAGGCCGAUGUAGUCCCCCAGUCCCCCACUGCUUCAGGCCGAAGAGUGUGAGGGAUGAAGGAGUUGCUUGAGUCCCUGGCCGAAGCGGCCUCUCCGUAGACCCCCUGAAUCCAACCCUCAUGGCGAUUUUCUGGCCAAGGUAACCCUGUGGGAGAACCCUUGUGCGCAGAUCGCUUGUAGAGAGUUAUCAUCAAGGGUUAUUACGAGGAGCCGAAGGCUGGGGGCUCUUUGUUCCCUUUGUUCUGUGGCCGUUACGUUCCUGGCCGUUGCCGUCUCCUUAUUGUUUGGCAUUUGUGAUCUUGGCAAGCAAAUGGGACGUUGUGGGCGCUUGCUGGUACUUGUGAAGCCGGCGAGCGUGUAGGUCGUAGAGUCUGAUUUGCCGGUGGGCUGUUGAUGUGGGUUGGGCCUGGCCCGUUGGUGACGUGGUGGCCUCCCAUUGGUGGCCGUUGUUGUAGCCAUUGGGAGGGCGCCACGUGUAGUGACCGUUGGGUGGGGGGGUUCUAUAAAUACCCCUCCCCCUCCGACGAGAAACCACAUUUGCAUUCUGAAUUGUCGAAGUGCUGGUCAUUUUUCUAGAGAGAUAAACUCCCAAGCUUGUUCUUCGUGUUCUUCGUUGUUCAAGGUUAGUGUUCAUCGCCAUCUCCUGUACUUUGUGCAUACUUUGCUUCCUAGGCUAGUGAUUUAGUGUUAGGCGUGUGAACACCCUUAGAUCCUAAGUUACUUCCCUUAGGCUCGUAGUAGUUUGUUGUGAUGAAGAGCUUGAACGAAGACUACUACCCUUACGACGACCAGCCCUCCACGAGGUCACUUGACUAUGAGGUGCUCGAGGAGUUCGAGGAGGAGAUACAACAUUUGAGUCCGUACAAGUCCGAAGAGGUGGUGGACGACGAGGUCGAGGACGAGGAGUCCGCCUCUUCUUCAAGGGGUGAGGACGCAGGUGCGUCCCGAGUGGUGGACGGGGCGUCCACUUCCGCUGUCAUUCCGUGCCCGAGGCCGGUGUCCGCCGUUAAGGGAGCCGCUAAGCCGAAGAGAGUGAGGAGGCCGAAGAGUGGGCCGGGCUUCUCCUACCUGGAUCUCACCAACCUCUUCCUGAUCAAGCCGGAGAGUAGUGCGGCCGACUAUCUUGUUGCCCAGAUGUACGUGGGGCCGUUCGGGCGGGUUAGGGCACCCAGACCGACGGACCAUGUUCUUUUUCCACCACCGGGAUACUUUGGAGUAUACCCGAUGAGUUUUGCUAAGGGGUUGAGGUUCCCCCUUCACCCUUUCAUCACUGAGUACCUGGACAUGGUAGGGCUUCCUCCGGCCUUGCUGACGCCGAACAGUUACUCCUUGAUGGUGGGGUUUUUGCUCCGGUGUGAGGAGCUGGGCUACGGGCCGACAACGGCACUAUUCAUGAAUCUGUACCAGAUCGGCCGAGGAAGCCACAAGAACUGUGCGGCCUAUGCUACUCUUCAACAGCUGCCGAAGAAGAGGAGCUUCACGGACUUGCCUACGUCCAUUCAUGGGUGGAAGAGCAAGUUCGUUUUUGUGUCCCUAAGUGAGAGUGGCACCGAGUUUCCCUCCCUCGGCCACACCGGGAGGUUUAACCUGCAUGACCCGCCGAAGAGCUCUAUUUUGGACGCUCAGGUGGAGGCUUUCUUGGAAGGGGGGCCGAGGAGCGUGAAGGAUUACAUUACUGAAUACAAGAUGACCGCCCUCGGCUUCUUGAGGUACCACGUGUAUGGUGACAAGGAGGAUGACCUCCAACUCUGGCCGAGGAUGACCACCACCUUUGAAGAGGCCGAUGGCCCGGAUUUGGGCAUUCCUGCUGAGGCCGAUGGUAAUUAUUUCUUCGGCUUUCUGUCUUUAUGUUUUGUUCCUUUGCCUUAUUAAUCUGUUGUGUUUUUCCUUUGUAGAUUUUGCGAUGGAUCGUCGUUCCAUAAUGGCUAUUGCCAAGGCCAAAGCGGCCGAGGAGUUGGCUGCUAAGGCGGCCGAGGCGGCCAGACGUGCCGCGGCCGAUGGGAGCGGGGCUACUACUGGCGCGGCCCCAAAGCCUGCCCCAUCGAAGAAGAAGAGGCCGGCCACUGACGGCCAGAAAAAAUUAACUGAAGCCGGCCUGAACAUCUCCAAGAAGACGAAGAGGGCACCUUCUCCUUCUCCGGCUACCGAGGCCGGUACUCUGACUGUCCCCAGCGUGGACGAUGAUGGUCCCGUCGUGGACCUUACUGCUGCUGGCGAUGCUGCCCCAUCGCUUCCUCUCGUCCCGGAACCGCGGACGAAGAGGGCCGGCAAGGAGAUUGCCGGUGCUACCUACCAGAAGAUGGUAGAAUACCCCGUUGGCGGGGGUGUGUUUGAUGAUGUCGUCCUUGGCCACGACGUCCUGGCCCAGGCCAUGCCGGCCAAAGAUCGGGCUUACUUGAAGAAGCUCGGGGACGUGAAGAUUUACGAGGGCGGCAUGGACCUCCUCGUCCAAAGUGCCUUUAUGCUCAUGGAGAGUCAUAAAAGGCAGUACCGGAAGAUAGCUCGUCUGAAGGAGCUGGAGCAGAAGGCUGCCUCGGCCGACGAGGCGGUAGCUUGCCUGGAUCGGCUCCGGGAGGAUGCCAGGGCGUUGCAGGCAAGGGCCGAUGAAGCCGCUGCAGCCAGGGACGAUGCCCUGGCCAAGCUCGAGGAGAGCAAAAGGGAGCUCGAGGAGUCCCAAAGGGCGCUGGAGGCCGAGCGGCGCAAGAGCGAGGAGGCCGUGAAGGCGAAAGCUGAGGCCGAGGCCGCCGUUGUGAGGGCUGCUGAUGAGGCCGUUGAGAAGUUCCUGGCCGAGGGGUGGAAGGCCGAUGAGAGGCUUCCCUGGUGCUACGAGGUGGUGGCCGCCAGGCUUGAGAAUUGGGGGAUGAACUCCCCCGCCGGCCAGGAGUAUUUCAGUAGGGAGAUGGCCGUCUAUUAUAACAUGGGUCAGGAGCGGAUGCAGAGGCUCCUGUGUCGUCGGCUGUCUCGUGCUCUGAAGGCCAUGAACUACACGUCUGGGUGGGCCAGACGGAACCUGAAGCUGCCGAAGCUGAUGAAGGACCCAGAAGAGCAGGCCAAACUUCCUUUAUCGGAGCGGGAGUCCCCUAUUGAAAGCUCCGGCCUUGGCGAGCCGGAUUAUACUGAAUUUGAUUUUCUGGACGAUGCCACCAGUGCUGCAGCCACUGCCGGCCAGGAGACUGAAGCUGAUGAGGGAGCCGACGAGGCCGAAGAGCCUGCCGCGGAUGGAGGUGCCCCAGAGGCUUGAUCGGCUACUCUUUCCUUUGUAAUUAGCUUUUCAAUUUUUUGCCAAAUGAUGUAACGGCCGAAGAGCCCACCUUUGUAUUGAACUGAAUAUAAAUGAAAAACUUUUGUUGUCCUGAUCGGCUUUGAAUUCCUUGUAUGC